AUGGUUAUCUGGCACCAAAAAGGACGAUUACUGACUGGACAAGCAAGUACAUUCGCAGCAGCAUCAGCUCUGGUCACAGAAGCUGUAGCUGUGAGAGGAGCUUGUUCUAUGGCAGUAAAGGAGAGAUUCAAUACUGUUAUUUGUGAAUCUGACUCUCAAGCACUCAUAGAUUCAGUAACCAGAGGUCCAGAAUGGAUGCUAAGGAAGAUAGAAUCGAUUGUAAAGGAUAUAUGGCAAAAUGUGUCCAAGAUACUUAUGGUCAAAUUUGAAAAAGUUGGUAGAAGAACCAAUAUGGUAGCACAUACAGUGGCUACUAAAGCAAGAGAAGGGACUCUCCCAGUUUUGUGGCUUACUGAUCCACCUCCUCAAUUGAGAAUACUCAUUGACAGAGAGGCCAGAGUGGGUGUUGGCCCUGAUCUUUCAUACGGGUAG